CCCUCCCUCCUUCACACAACCACACUUUCUCUCUCUCUGUCCGUCUUUCUUUCAAUCUCUCAGUCAGUGAUAAUGGAGCCCAGCAGUCCAAAGAAGAUCCAGUUUGCUGUGCCUCCGCUGCAGGGACAAAUUGACCCUCAGGCCGCCGAACAUAUCCGUCGCAGAAGACCGACCCCAGCCACCCUGCAGAUCUACAGACAACCUGGGACAGAUGUUGGAGAUCAACAAAACGCCAGCGGAGAGCCACAGGCUACAGACGCCGCUCAGAGGAAGCAGAGCACGUACGCCCCUCCAUCAAUGAAAGGUAAACUGGAAAGGGCUGUACCUGAAGAAGAAGAGGAAGAAAGCAGCCAUUAGGGAUGACUGAUCCACACCAGCACCAGAGACACAUCAGCACAGAAGAGGCAGCCAAUCUAUUUUGAUGUGUGGAAACAUCAAGAUGGACGCAGAAGUCGAUCAAACAUAGUAUUAGCAUGACAGGAAACAUAUCAGAGGGAGAGUUCACAUAGUUUUACAAAAGAAAAAGGUUUUUCUUUUGAUCUGAGCAGGUGAAGAAUGGUGUUCAACACUAAUACCUGCUGAGGUUUUCUGGAACCAUCUUACUGUCAUGGUCUCUACACCAGCUGGCAGUUUACACACCUACUGCUCCAUCCUUACUUCUGUAUCAAUUACCUGGUUCUAACAUACAAAAUGGUGUAUUUCUCUUUUUACCGUUUUCCUUUCUUUGUUGUUAAAUGUUUCUUUUUAAAUGCAGAAUCUAAAUGACAAACAGGCCACCAGAUGUUCUCAAAGCAGUUAGCAAAAAGCGAAGAUGUUUUUUUUUAUUUCAAGCUUAUUCAAACAAAUCAAUGAAGAAUAAAUAAAUAAAUGCUUAAGACAUAAAAUGUGCAUUUUAAUAGUUUGUUUACAAGUUAGCUGCUAUUUGCUAAAGAAUAGCAAUAUUAGCUAACUACAUUUACUAAGCUACGUGUAGCUAAAUUAAUGUUUUUCCCCCACCUCUAGCUUUAGCUAAUAAUGCUCACACACUAGCUUGAGGUAAUAAUAGUGUAAUUAGUAGUUAAAGAAUCAAAUUAAAGCAGUCGUACAAAAUUAACAGCACAGCACAAGUGACUUUUGACAGUGUAGUGCAGUGGUGUCAAAACGUUUUGCCACAGUGGGCCAAAAUCACCAAGAUAAAAGUACAGAAAAUUGAUUUUUAAUUUCAAAAAUGAAAAAUGCAAAAUAUAUUUUUAUUUUGUAUCUUUACCUCAACAAUAACUAUACAAGCAAUAUUUUAAAUAAAAUUAAGAAAGUAGUCAGACCUUUAUGGAUCUGUAAUUGAGUGUUCAUCCAUAAAAAAAAAUAAAGAUAAAUCAAGAAUGGGAUAUGGGUCACUCUUCGAAAACCCUUGCUGUAUUUAGUAAAAUUAAAUGAAUGGAUGUGCCAAAGUCUGAUAUCGAGUAAAAGUCGCUGAUCUUCGCGUUCCUACCUAAUAUGAAACUGGAAUGAAAGAAAACAUGAUUCAUAAAAGACUCAUAGUUUAUGUUGAACCUAACAUUUCCAUUUUAAGAUUUUUAUUGAGUGAAAAUAUUACCCUAAAAAAAUAAAAUAAUUUCACCAACCGCCUGUGCUGGCAAAUUUGUACGACUCUUGAACUAGGAUCAGGGGCCAUGUAAAAUCAUUCCAAAGGCUGCAAAUGCCCCUCGGACCACACUUUGGACACCCUUGGUGUAGUCUAUGUAUGUUACCAUCUUCUUUUUGAUCAAAAAAGUUUCAUUCUUUUCUUUUAAAUAUUUAUUUUAUUAUCGGGGAUUCAAGAUGUGCAAAUUUUACAUUAAUCAGUUACAUUUUAACAGAUGUAGCACAAUAGCACAAUUUAUGUUACGUCACAACAAACUAAAUGUUUACAAUAAAUCCUGAUUACUAUUUUUACCGUUUUUUCUGAAUAUUCGAAACAUACAAUGUUCCCCCUUCUAAUUUCAUUUUGGAUAGGCUGCCCCCUGCUGGCUACUGUAGGGCUCAGUCAAACAAAUAAAAUAAAAACACUCGUCUUUUUGGAUUUCUUUAUAAUAGUCGGGUUAAAAUAAUAGGUCUUAAAGUAUAUCCAUUGAAAGUGACCAUUUGUGAACUUACUGAAAUGAAUCUAUUGAUAAUAAGGGCAGGUUCCUAUGAGUCAAAUAAAGAGUGCCAUAAAAAUGAUUUGCACAUUUAAAACGGAUAUUGCUUUGACAUUGUUUUUACGUUUUGAGAGAUGAAUAAAAAUAAUUAUGGAAUCUAAA